AUGCGAAUCCACAGUGGAGAGAGGCCUUACAAGUGCCAAGAAUGUGGGAAAGCCUUUAUCAGUAACUCAGCCCUCACUGGGCACGUAGUUAUUCACAGUGGCGAGAUGUCUUACAAGUGUGUGGAAUGUGGCAAACUCUUCAGGCGAGCCUCAAACCUCAGCAUGCACAGAGCAAUCCACAGCGGAGAGAGACCUUAUGAAUGUAAGGUAUGUAAGAAAACCUUUGGCCGUUCCACAUCCCUCACUUCACACAUGCGAACUCACAGUGGAGAGAAGCCCUAUGAAUGUAAGGUCUGUGGGAAGACCUUUAGUCAAAGCUCAGUCCGCACUGCACACAUCAGAACCCACACUGGAGAGAAACCGUACAAAUGUAAGGACUGUGGAAAAGCCUUUCGCUAUUCCUGGGUCUUCAAGUGCCACGUGAGAAUCCAUAGUGGAGAGAUACCAUUUUUAUGUAAGGAUUGUGGGAAAUCCUUCAGGAAACCCUCAGACCUCACUAUACACAGAAGAAUCCACAGCGGAGAGAAACCUUACGAAUGUAAGGAGUGUGGGAAGACCUUCAGUCAAACCUCAGCCCUCACUACACACAUCAGAACCCACACUGGAGAGAAACCAUAUGAAUGUAAGGACUGUGGGAAAGCCUUCCGCUGCUCCUCAUUCCUCACUAAGCACAUGAGACUCCACAGUGGAGAGAUGCCAUUUGAAUGUAAGGAGUGUGGGAGAGCCUUCAGGCUCUCCUCAGGCCUCAGUACACACAAAAGAAUUCACAGCGGAGAGAAACCAUACAAAUGUAAGGAGUGUGGGAAAUCUUUUAGUCGUUCCUCAUAUGUCACCAAACACAUGCGAAUCCACAGUGGAGAG